AUGACAUCCUACAUUUCUGGAAUUCUCCAAAGGUUCCAGACUCCAGAGGCUUCCGGUACCGCCAUUGCCAAAGAUAACGCCGAGUUGCCGUCCAUUAACUACAUCACCAUGUAUAAUCCACACCUAGUUCUGCCCAAGGCCGAGUCGUUCGAAGAACUAUAUAAAAUGAUCCUUUUCUUUGCAGACCCCUCAAAAGAAGUAGAUAAACACGCGCAAUUGAGCCUAGUGGGGCUAAUACGUGGCUCUUGUUCUCUAGCGCAAGAGUUCAGCCCAAAGAGCGGGCCAACCACCAUAAGCGUGGAAGGAGGCGCCAUUGUGGUUGUGGAAGUCGAAGAGGGCUUCCAUCUUGCGUGUUCUGUGGCGCUUCCCGCUCAGUCGGCUCUGCAGCGAAGACUAGUUGAGAUUCAAAUAGAGAUCCUCCUACAACGGUUCCAUGGGUACUUUAAACUUCUCCAUUCGCUGGCACAAAGUAUAUUCAAGAACGAGAUCCAAGAGCAGCUGCAUCGCCAUCUUCUCGAGGGGUUCUAUAUUGAGCUUAUAGAAAACUACAACGAGGCAACGCUGAUCAAUAGACUUAGGAAAACGCUUCUAUGGCCCAACUCGCUCUGUUACCUGGGGCUAUUUCUGUUUUUUCCUUAUGGAACUUUCAAGAAGCUGUCUGUCCGAGUGCCUGACUCGCAUAGACCAGAACUCGAGAAUUUGUGGGAGAAGAGUCCCCUUGAGCCAGCAGCUAUCCUUGUAGCUCACAUGGAUCACACCGUUCCUAAACGAGAGGGACUCUUGUACAAAAAGAGCAAGGAUAUUGACGAAAAAGCACUUAAUGAAGCCGUUCAAAACCUCUUUACUGCAUCCUCAACGUCUGACCCAGAAACGGCACCUGAAGCACCUGAAGUGUCAGAGGAACCUCUCUCGUCGCUGCUUCCGUUGACCCCGGGAAAUGCUAUGCAACUUCUUCAUCCUUCCACCUUGGCUCAGACUCUCGUUGUGCUGCCUCUUUCAUCAACAUUGCAAGGCAUCAAAUACUUGGGCCUGACGGUCAAUGAACAGCUUGCUUCUUCAUGGCUUCCCUUUCGAUCCGGCACUGAAUCCGCUGACAAUGCCCAAGAACCAGACACGGUGUCUUCGACAGCCCUGAACCCGAUAGGUAGGUUCGUGUUGGGGCCCGACUCAGAAAACAACAUCUACUCUUUCCUUGUUCACUUCCCCGCCAGUGACUCCAAUGGAGACGUCUGUGAAAAUCUGGUUGUUAUUUACAUCGAGAAUAAUGUUUUGCUAGCUUUUGUCUUCGACUCGAGUGCUCAAGAGCUUGCAGACCCAGCUUUUUAUCAAAGCCUUCGUCUAGACGUUUGUGAGCCCGCCGUAGAGCUCAUAGGCGACUGCAUUGCGUUGUCUUCUGGUGAGAUGAUGCUCAACAGCAGCAUCUCGUCGUUGCCCAAUCCGGUAGGCAAUAUUAUCAAAGACGAAGACAACCCCGAUAUUGACAGCGAUUUUUUCUUCAUCAUCUACGACACCCAAGACAAAUCCUACCAGACAUCUUUACCGUGGCUACCACAGCCUCUGGUGCCGUCUUCCGUCAACAACGAAGUGGCCAGAGUCUCAUACCAUUACCAAAAUGCCUUUUUCCAUCUCCACGACAAACUCUCCGACUACUUUGUGAUGCGGUCCGCAGGAAACAUUUUUCAUGAUACAGCGGUAAGAGAACAUCUACACAAGUUUUCGACCAACAAGAAUAACGACUGGCUUAUGUAUUUUAUCAGGCACCGCCAGAAAAGCAUCAUUAUAAUACGCAACUACAAUUCCAAACACAAGAAAUCAAAAGUCAUCCCGAAAGAGGUCGCCCAGGCCAGCCUACAGUUUGGGCGACGACGUAAAGGUAUGGCUCAGUAA